CUGACAGUGACCGAGUGGAUGCUUGACUCACGCAAUAUCAACCUCACCUGUUCAUUUCCACGCCCUCCAAACCCGGGAUUCUAGGUUCGCUCCCGGACAGCCAUUGUCGAAUCGAAAGCUCCGUGCAUCACCAAGCGAACGCGACCCCCAGUCCCCCCGUACCCCUCCCUCACUUUCACCAUUACUACCACCUCCGCCCACCAUGGCCUCUUACUUGAGCGCAAGUGAAGCUUUCGCCCAACAGAAGCUCGCUCAGGAUGCACAGCAGCCGGUCUCGCAGUCCGCCUGGGCCGACAAGUACCGUGGUGCCACGAUCGAGGACCUUGACCCUCCCCCGGCGCUGUCUGUCUCCCCCGACGACCCAAUCUCCUCUGCUCUACUCGCUGCGUACGAGCGCGACUACACACACCUCACCGUCAUCUCCUCGACGAAACGCUCUCUCCUCGGAUACCUGAGCAUUCCCCGCCUCAAGGAAUUGCUGAAGGAGGGCGCCGUGAAGGAAACCGACUCAGUUUCCGCUGCCAUGCAGCGGUUCAACCGCAAGCGAGGCACAUACCAAGUGAUCACGAUGGAGACCCCGCUGGAGGAGCUGGAACAAUUCUUCGAGAGCGAGACCGAUGCCAGUGGAGCCACCCGGGCUAAGCAGACCUUCGCGGUUGUCACAGAUGCGUCGCGGAAGUUCGUGCUCGGCGUGGCGACCAAGGCGGACUUGGAGGAGUUUGUCAAGAGGCGCCCGACUUGAUUUUAAUCAAAUUAUUCUUCUUCAAUCUGGCCCAAUGUUUGAUUCCCUAGACGGCCCUCCUCCAAGCUUAGCAAACGCAUCCCAGGGCGCGGUUUUACUAUACCCUGGUUUCGAUAAAGCCCUUUGUCUACACCUCCCAAACCCUCGACAGCAUGACCAGGAGUAUCGGCAGUCUGCUAGCGUAGUGUUUGUUGCGAUUGGACAACAACAGUCUACGCCUGACGAUAAGCACCGAUGCUCGGUCAUAAUAGGACUUGCAAAUUGAUAUUCUGGAGCAAUCACCCAUAGACACAUGAUAGGUACAUAGCAUACACGCAACUGCCCUUGAACGCCCAUAGAUCAAACA